AUUUUUCAACGCCUCAUCAACUAAAUCAGUCAAGUCGUAGUCUUCGCUAAAGUAUUGAAUCCUAGAGAUGGCCCCUUUUUGUGAAGCCGGAGAAGACACCGAAGCGGGGAACUUCUCCAUAGCAACCACCCGGCUUUCUUCCCGACGACCUCUCAAGCUCUCCCGAAACCUUCCAAUUCGACGAAAGCCAUUCCCGAUCAAUCGGAGACUCGUCAUGAGCGGUUGGCGAAGGCGUCGAUAUCUUCGCACACUACAUAUUCCCCUAAGCCCCUCACCAGGUGAUCACAUUUAAACGUGCACCAUCGUACUUGAGCCCCUUUUUGGCCCAUACCCACAACAGUAGGAACUGAACAUCAACCACCAUGCCACACAUUCUCAUCACUGGAGCAGGAGGUUUCCUGGGACAAGACUUGGCCGUUGCCCUCCUGAAAGCCGACCCAUCUCUUGAUCUCACACUCACUGACAUCCACGAGCCAUCAAAACCGCCAUCUUCAUCAACCGUCACAUCGCUCGCCCUCAAUCUCACAGAUGCGUCCGCUGUGGCCAAGCUGCUGGAACCAAGCUAUGACGCAGUAUAUCUCCUACACGGGCUGAUGUCUGGCGGCGCUGAAGCCAACCUCGAGCUGGGCUGGACAGUCAACUUUGACUCCCAUCGCAUCAUCCUCGACACCCUGCGAAAGUCGCAUCCAGGGACAAAAGUCAUCUUCCCUUCCUCUCUGGCCGUAUACGGUCCUCAACAGCAGACCACACUCGUCAGCGAAACAACCGUGCCGCAGCCGCAGAGCUCUUACGGUGCACAAAAACUCAUGAUCGAGACAUAUCUCAACGACUUCUCACGUCGCGGUCUGCUGGAUGGCAGAGUCGUGAGACUGCCCACCAUCAUUGUGCGUCCCGGUGCACCCAGUGCCGCAGCAUCCUCCUUCUGUAGCGCGAUCAUUCGGGAACCCGUCGCCGGGGUACCUACGACCCUGCCGGUGCCGAAAUCCCUGGCCCUGUGGGUGUGUUCCCCGACGACUGUCAUUGAGAACCUAAUUCGCAUCAAGGACGUGCCCAGCAGCAAGUUUGGCAUAUGGAGAACGGUCAAUCUGCCGGGUAUCACCGUUACCGUGCAGGAGAUGCUGGAUGCGUUGCGCGACAUUCGAGGGGAGGACGCAUUGAAGCUGAUCAAGGAUGAGCAUGACGCCAAAAUUGAGGGUAUCGUCGGAAGCUGGCCGGCUCGAUCGGAGACGAGCAGGGCUGAUGGUCUUGGUAUGAAGGCUGACAGUGGUCUGAUCGAGAACAUCAAGACUUUUGUGGCGCGGUAUGGUCAAUAGACCUAUCAAUGAAAGCCCCUGUCUCAAUGAUGAAUGACAGUGCCUUGUGUAAAAGCCUUGAGUCGCAAUUGAACCAGCCCCUGUGAGCCCAUGCACAGACGAUG